UAGGCAGACUGGGUACAGUGUCUUGAACACUAAAUCCCACUCCUUUCCAGCCUCAAAACACGCACGACGUGCACCACCGCAGGCCAACUUUCGUGCACAUCCAAACCGUUGACAUGCUUUGCGGACAGCUCGUCGAUGCCUCUCGUCUCUCUCCAUUGCUGGGCUUUCUCAUUGUGCUGAAAGUUGGCUGCAUCGUAUGGGUCGCCAUUUCUCUACCUAAUGCUACUAUAUCGUCACGAGUCCACAGUUAUGUUGGUGCUGACUACCCUCAGUCUUGGGACGUAGGUGAUCUCAAAGAUGUCCUUAUACCUCUCGAGCCCACCACACAUUACCAACUCGAUACCUCUCAAUCCGACGUCGAAUGGGAAGCCUUAGCUCCCAACGAUGGUGUUAUCUAUCUCGGACCAAACUACCGUCCGUUCAGUAUCUCCCACUUCCACCAAAUGCGCUGUCUCGACGUCCUUCGUAAACAACUCAUCUCUCAUCGCGAGAAACUGAACACCACGGAUAUCGAUACGCCGCUUAGCAGGCACUGCUACAAUUAUCUUCGAGAGAUGGUUCUCUGCCGUUCAACCACCGCUUUGGACCCCGUGUUCGGCAGGCCAAGGCCGGCUACGGUUGUGGAAUAUCGCGAUGAUAGUAUGUGCAGGGACUGGAACAGGGUUUACGAGGAGGCUCGGAGAAAUGUGGAAGACUAUUCUCGCUGGAAGGCGAAAGAGAGUACGCAUUGAGGAUGAUCGCUGUGAAGAUGCUAAAACUUGGUGAGAUUGAAUCUCAUGAAGAAUAUGUUCUCAUGCCCAGGCAGUAUGGUGAGGCGAAGGCUCAGGACAAGAGCACACAGAACAAAAGAACCAGCGGAAGAGAAAUAUUACAUACAUAUCGCGCAAUCCUGAUUUGGUACGCCUGGAAAACAUAUGGCUCUCGGUUCCGUUCUUCUGUUAAGACUGG